AUGUCUGAUCGCACUCAUCCCACAUCCUUUCAAGCCAGACCUCCUUCACCUUCCUCGCCUGCCGGAUCUCUCAAAGAGAAUCAUCAGUUACCCAUCUCUUCGGACCACAUUCCCCAGACCCCGACAUCCCCUCCGUUGAUGUCGGUAAGCGAACAAAGUCAUGCCGCCAACUUCAUAUCCUCGCAUACAUCACCGAAUCAGGCGACGGUCCAACCUCCAAACAUCUCCUCCCCUCCAUCCUCUGCGCCGAUGUCUACCCAAGCUUCUCAGCAGCCCACAAUGAGCACAACCAACUCGUUCCCCACCCCUGCCAGCAGCGUGAGUGGUCAUCCUGCAAAUGCGACUUCGGUGGAUGAGGUGGAUCAGGGGAGAAAAUCUUUCAACAUGGGGAUAGAGGACUCGGCAGAAAACCCGGGAGCAAGUCCCGCUCAGCAACCAACACAACACAGAGCGACCAACCAUGAUCGGCAGUCUUUGCAAACAGACAGCACUAACAAUUUUGCCACCGGGCAGGGUCAGCACUCGACAGACCCCGAUGUCAUGGAUGUAGAUACAGAGCCGACUCGCCGGGCGGAUACCCUCAGUCUCAGUCUGGAUUCUCUUCAGAAAGAGCUAACCUCGGCUUUUCAUCUUUGCAAGAGCUCUCCGAUCGUUACUGGUCCAGACCCUUCAGUGGAUCUCGUUUCUCUCUAUGGGUUAGGUUCAAUCGCGCACUCGGUAGCACGCAUGGAUCCCGUGACGGGAGAGAAAAUCAACCGCCUCCGGAAAUCAUACGAAGGAAAGCUGAAAGGACUGGGACUUGCUGGACGAAACAAGCCCCUCAAGCAGGAGAUCGGCGCGCCUGGCAGUCUGCGGUACAUGACCCUAUGGCCUGAAGAGGAAUGGCAGAACCAGAAGGUACAUGGCAAGGCCAUCAAGACUUCAGACAUGGAUUCAGCGCUACAAAAUCUUCAAUCGCGAGCCAUGCAGAUGGAGCCAGGACCGAUUCCUAAUAACGAUUUCUGGGAAGAUAUCUUGGGUCACGAAAAGCCGGUCAAGAACCCAGCGCCAGGCGAGGCUGGCAAGAAGGCUGCCCAAGCUCCAACCGCCGGUCGGCCCUCUAUUCAAUCCUAUGCCGCAUCUCCGCAAUCACAGGAAGCAGAGCGACCACGGCCUAGCAGAGGUCGUAAGAGACAUUACGAUGACAACAGCUUUGCCGGCUACGGUGAAGGGUUUGUGGAUGAUGAUGAUGACCCCGGAUUCUACUCGAACGGCGAGGGAACUGGGAAGAAGAAACGCAAGAAGGAUCACGUCACGAAGGUGUCAACCCCCAUGUCUGAAAGGAGCACUAGCUAUGGGGUAGGCAUGUUCGGCAUCGGGGCUAGAUGA